AGGGUUCCGCGAGGCACCGCGCGGGCUUCACGUGCCGCUGGCGCUGAUGGCGGCGGGGCUCGCGGAGGGUCGCACUGAAGAGGGAGCGCGAGGAGGCGGGGGACAGACGGCGGUACCGAGCACUGACGCUCCACUGCACGGACCGUGAACACACCGAGCCGAGCUGCAGGGAGGCCCGCUGACAGAGUCCGCUGGAUGGAUGGAGGGUCCAGGACGUCCUUUUGGCCCCACCAGCUGCUCCUCUCCUCCUGCUGCAGAGGAACCCGUAGUGUGUGGCUGUAGAAACGUUCUAGUAGUGCUCAUCUGAAAAUGACCCUGACACUGCCAGGCUAGCCGCAGCUUCGCUGUGAUCCUCGCUGUCCUGCAGCUCAAACUCAACAAGUUUUUCAUUUGAAAAUGUAGAUCAGUUUGUUUGUUUUUUCAAGAAAGAACAACUAGAGAAUAAAAACAAACUUCAGUGGAGAAAUUUAGUUAUCAACCAGACUGCUUGAAAAUGUAGGUGGACUGUGAACAGCGUCAGGUAUUCAGCAGCUAACGGUGAGUUAGCGGCUCGAGGCAGACGGGUGGCGGUGGCUCUGGCGUAACAGAGGGGAUCAGCGGGGGUGCGAUGGAGUACCACUCCGGUGGCAGCCUGCCCCUGCUGGGGAGACCGCGGUACUGCCCCGGAGCCAGCGCUAACGGAGGCUAUCUGUGUGAGACGGGACACUGCUGCGGUGAGACCGGCUGCUGCACCUACUACUAUGAGCUCUGGUGGUUCUGGCUGCUUUGGACCGUCCUCAUCCUGUUUAGCUGCUGCUGCGCGUACCGACACCGUCGAGCCAAACUCCGAGUCCAGCAGCAGCAGAGGCAGAGAGAGAUCAGCCUGCUGGCCUACCACGGAGCCAGCUCCUUCCCCUCCUCCAUGCUGGACCUCAGUUUUCUGGCGUCGCUAAAAUUGCCGUCCUACGAGGAGGUUGCGGCUCAGCCCUCCACCCCUCCUCCUCCCUACAGCUCUGUUUUUACGACCCCACGAUAUCCGCAGCCCCCGCGUGCUGCUGACCCACAUCUGCUCACGCAGCAUGGCCCGUUGCUACACCGACCACUAAGUGAUGGACCCUCCUCCUUUAGCUCUGACAACAGCUCCAGCUGUUCCUGCGACUCCUGCUGCCCCUCCUCUCCAUGUAGCUCCUCACUCUCAGCACCCAUCACCUAUGAGACUGACACAAGUCACGCCUCAACGCCCAGUGAGGCCACGCCUCUCAACCUUGAUGUCGCCAUGGAGACCAUAGCAGCUGCAGCCAGUUGCUUGGAGGCAAAUGAGGCCAAAUUUCCCUCUGAGAUAGCAGGUCCCACGGUAGCCGUUGACAUCGUUGGUGCCGAACAUGUCAGAGCUCAGGAACUUCCUGCCACGGACUCUUCACUUCCUAGCCAGACUGUUACCAUGGCAGCCUCGUCUCAGCCUUCACCUGUCUCUGAGAUGGCCCUUACCGUUGCACAUUCUUCUCCUAUAAAUGCACAGCUUGAUAUGCCACCAUGUUCACCAAUCUUCAGCACUGGUAGCUCAAGUACACUCCCUAGUCCAAGACUUGAUACCAUCCAGCUCUCAUCCAUUGAAAUCAUGAGAACUGGAAGCCUGUCUGGGCAUUCUAAUCCAACAGCUAACUCCUCUGAAAGCUGUGGGCUGGUCAAAGCACUGGAAACUCUUGAUUUACCAAGAACUUUUGAUUCAACCAAUGUUCCUUCUAGUCCACCGGUACCAUCUCCAGAUGUUCACAGAACUAUAGCCUUCACAGCAGACUCUGCCAGCCUUCUAAUCCCAGAUCAGGAUCUUUGUAAUGUGCCAGAUGGUGCAUCUGUUACCCCUACCCAAACUACAGUUCCUACUAACCUUACAAAGGACCAAGAACCACUAUUGUCUGACCUUACUUUAGUUCCACCAAACCCACCAACCAUUAUUGUCCAAGACUCCAUUACUAACCCUCCUCUAAUUCCAAAACCAACACAUUUAAAUCUCACCCCAGGUACGAUUACAGCAUCCGUUUCCUCUCCAUUGACUCAAAACUUAGAACCAUCACCUGGGGGUUCGGUCCCGAUUCCUUCAAGUCCUGUGUCAGGCCGGUCUGGCUCUGUUGCCAGUGUUUUAUCUUCUGUAGUUUUGACUAUAUCAGCAGACAAUUCAGGACCUAGUCUCGGGCUGCAUGAGUCAUCCGAGUCAAACCUUCUUGCACCAUUGCCUGCAGAUGUUCAGACUAGCUUUAGUUCUGGGUCUGGAUCAGGAUCGCCAACCUUCAUUCCGGCUCUCACCUGUACAGUUCCUGUAAACAGUUCCCCCUGUUGCCCAGCAAUCACUAUUGAGUCUGAAACUUCUUUCCCUUCUUCCCAGUCGCCUGUUGCAGUUGUCUCUCCUUCCUCACCCCGAUCCCCUCCCUCUCUCACAGCACCAGCAUUACUCUUGGACCCCCUUGCUGCUCUGCACCAGCCCGACAAAGGCGGUUGUUCUUCUGGCCAUGCUUCUUCCCUCUCCCCAUCAGCCCGGGCUACUCAGUCUCCACCAAAACAGACCGUAUUCUCCCCAUGCGUGGACAUCUUUGAACCUGGACCUACACGCUGGGAGGACGGAGAAGAGGAGCAGGAUGAUAAGGACAAAGAGGAGGAUGAAGAUGAUGAAAUGGGAGCUGAUGAGAGCCAGUACAGACACCGGCGUCUUACCGGCGACUCUGGAAUUGAGGUGUGCCGGUGUCAAGUAGAGGAGGAGGAGGAUGAUGAAGAAGAUGAGGAGGAAGAGAAAGAUGGAAACACUGACCCGCAUGAUAGCAUGGAUUGUCCUGCAAGAAGUCAGAUGAGCACAGGAGACGAACUCACACCAUGCAACCCUUCCGCCUCUGUCACCAUGUCAAGCCCUGAAGAGAACAGCAAAGUCAUCAUUGUCAUGGAGAAAGUGUAAACGGCAGAAAGUAGAUGGUUCAGUUUUUCCUCCUGACCGGGAGAAAGCCCAUCAGCCAUCAAACGUUGUUGGUGGUGCUUCUUAGCCGCCAAGGUUGUGAACCUAGAUGACGUCAUGUUAAGAGGAACGCACCGGUGUUAGGUGGAAGAUUUCUUUUUUUGGCCUGUGGUGCCACAUGUCCCCAGGUUGAGAGGCGUCUUAUUUUGUUUAAGGACGAUAAAGCUAAAACGCAGCUGUCAUGGAAGAAGUGUAAGCCCAUUUCGUCUUAACUUAGGGAGAGCUCUUGACAGACAGAUCUCUAUAAUGCGCAUAGUUUUAACAACUAUUUAAUUCCCACUUAACCCAGUCUUCAUUGGCUUUUAUCAAGAGAUUUCAUUAAAUCCUCUUUAAAGAGUCAAAUACUGAUACUGAAAUUCACUUUCAGUAUUUAUCCAAACUACAUAAAUUUGGACAUAAAGGAAAAUAAACCCCAUGACUCUUUUCUAUCCGAUGUGACGCAAAAAUGGCGUAAAAACUGCAAACAAGUUUGUCUAAGGUUGAAAUCAUGCCCCUCCAGGCAGUUAUGCUUUCUGUGUUUUGCCCAUAAAUGAACAUCUUUAAAAAGCUGAGCAUUUAGGCGGAGAUACCUUUCAUGCCGUCUUGGGUGAUGACGGAGGUUGGUAAAUGUGCUGCAAACAAGUUGGCUUGCUCUGAAAAAGGAAGAGAGACUGAUGUAGGUGGAUGAUUCACAGUUUCUGAUUGACAGAGGGAAGACUGAUUCAUAGGGUACGAAGGACGUUUGAUGGAUGGAUCUGACGGCAGAGCCGAAUUAAGGGGCUAGUUUGCAGUUUGAUUCCUAGUGGAAAACCUGAAGGCGGAUGCCUCUGAUUGGCUUGUAUUGCAUCGACAUCUCAGCAGAGAAAAGCUCUUACAUGAAUGUAAACAAACAAUGGAUGCUUUUAGACCGAAACAAAGCCCCAAAGAGAGCAGAGACAGAGCGUCUCGUCAUCCUGUCUUUGUUUCUUUCUCGGAGCGUGAGGUCAGAUCAAACAAUACGCCGUAGACGCCACAAUCUCCGUCACCCUGUGGAUCUCUUGUUCAUACGUCCUCAACUUCAACGGAUUUGAACAAUAAAACAAAACAAAAUGCAAACAAAGCUAAGACAUGUCAAGGCCUUUACUAGAUGGAGUUACAGCAAACCUGUUAACGGAGUUUGAUUUAUUUUUAGGUCGGUGUUUCGUACGUUGUGAGCUUGAUAGAGAAGUCAGUGUACAUAUUUUGUGACACACAGAGAUGGAAUAUAUUUUAUCAAUGAAGCAAAGUCAGUAGUAGUUGUUUUGUAUAUGCUGCCGUGUUUCAGCUCACCUUAGAAUCAGAAAUUUUCCGUGAUAUGAAAAGCAAUAUUUUUCAUCUAAAAUAGUAAAGAAACCCGGAGAAAAAUGAAAGCAGCUUCAGAAAUGUUCAGAGUUGUUAUCUUAGGGGGGAAAAGUUUACUGAUGAGGCUUAGACUGAUGUCUUUUGCUGGAUAAAAGUUUUUGGAUCAACCAAGAAAAGAAAAAUGUUCCAUCCAGCUUCUGCCUGUUCAGGGAAGAUGGCUGUUAUCUAUCUCCUGUGGUAAACCGUUUUCCAGUCCAACACAGGCUCAAGAACUAUGUUGAUAUAACUUGUUCUACAAAAGAGAUCAUACAUCCAUCUAUCUUCUAUACCCUCCUAAUACUUGCCGGGGGUAAGGGGCUGGUGCCUAUCUCUAGCAGUCAUUGGGGGACCAGGGGGUUACACCUUAAAGUGCCAGUCCAUCACAGGGUCAACAGUUACGUUGACUUCACGGAUUGUACGAAAAGGAACGAUACGUUUUUCAGUAAAUUUGUGGUAUGAAGGUGAGGUAUUGCCAUACGCCCGUUUUCACGCAGUGCGUUCCUGUUUCACUCUUCCAACAGACGAAACGUUUAAACAUUGACUCUGACAGUGAAGACAUACGAGCUUGUGUUGGAUGGAAAGUGAUGGUUCUCACCCCCUCGUGAAAUCAUCUAUUCAACCUUACUGGUUGGAAAGAGACUCUCGGACUGACAGACAUUUAGACCCUGUGUUCAUGCUGCAUUGAUCCACACCUUCAUGUAUAACUCAACAUCGAUACAUGAUGCAGGUGAGCGAUGAAGCUACUGUGGACUUUGUUAAGGCAAAGACGAAGUCCUGCGACAGAGACGGCGUGAAGAAUGCGGCCAUUAAAGACUGGAUUUACGUUGGUUUGGAUAGAGAUGAACCAGAUAUCUGGUCCUGGGACUUCUGAGAGCUCAAAGACUGAUGAUGAAGCUUUGGUUUAAAUUCAGCACCUGUUGAGUGAGAACGAGUUGUUAGAAGCUAAACGUUCUAGGGUGACGUCGAGCCGUUGAUGUUGUAGUUGAUGUUGUGGUUGACGGUGUUUUUUGUUUACCUGAACUUAUAACGUUAUAUAUUUCAUUGGGUUCCGAGUGCCAUUUCUACUUGACUACUGUUACUACUUAGCAUUAUUUAGAGCUGUUCUUGCUCUGUGUGACUGUGGGCUUUAUAGCAGAAUGACUUGGGAACUGUCUGAGUUUUGUCUGUAAUUUAGGUUCUUAAAGGCUGAGCAGACCUGAGAUCAGCCGAAGAUGAUUGGGAUUUGAUUGGAAAUGCCUCAGAGACUCAGAGAAGAGCUCGGAUGUUUCUCAAAAGGAUGGAAACAACCGGAAUCAUUGGUUUCUCGUACACAAAUAUCCAAAGUUGAACUAGGAUCCUAGCCAACAGCCAAUUGUGAUGUUAAUUUAUCACUUUAUUUGCUGAGGUACAACGAGGCUCUGGUAUGGCAUUUGGCAAAGAACUCUGAGGCAUUCUUAAGGAGACCAGUUGGAAAAACCUGAGAUGCAUUAAGUUGAUUCCAGGGCCUUCUGCCUUUGGGAAACCUCGUCUUUAUGUCCUUUUUGUUAAGGUCUGAAUUACUUGUUUUUAUUCAAUUAUAGCUCUCUCUUCCUGGAGAUUUUCACAUGAACUAGAUUCAGAUUGAAAAGGUUCUGCUUUUGUAUUCAAGUCAAAAGACCUCACAAUAUCUAACUGGUGUUGUGGUUGACCAAAACCUUCAGAUUGAGAUGUUCUUGAUAGUGGUAACAUUUCCUGGGACAGAUGGACCUAACGAUGGCUCAGAUUUAACAGACCAGUCUGAAAAGUAAUCAUUUAUUUUAUUCUACUAGUAGCUGUUGGGAGUUGAAAAGUCUUAUUUCCAUUUUUCAUAAAAUACUUAAUUAACUUAAAGUUAAUGGAAAUAUGUCAAUCACCACCAUCAAUUAAAAUUAAAAUCUUAAAGAACAAACCUGUCAAAUACAGUUUUGAAUUAAACGUUAGUCUUGAUGGGUUUAGAAGGUGGUUUGUGUGACUAGACUUAAAUUCAGAGUUAUGAAUAUUUAAUUUUCAUAACUUAAUUUAAUUUUAAGUUUCUUGGCCUUAAAAUGUGAAGCCAGUCAAACCGUAUUUUGGAUCUAAUCUCUUUUUGUUCUUUCAUAUUUUAACCCCCCUUUGAUGUUUGAUAAAACAAUUGAAUUUGCUCAGAUUAUCAUGCUGUCCAGGUCCUACCCUCUGUUUACAGGAUUUUAACGGUCUUGUCUUCUCCCCAGUCCUUGCUUGUCCUCGCUGAGGUUUUCUGUCUGCAGAGUUGGGGGAAGAAGAGAAGUUUUUUUAAAACAAUAAAAUCCUGUAAUAUUCAGAUGACAAGAACACUAAUUAGUAUUGUUAAAAGUAAUAACUGGUAUGUAUGUAUGUGUUACUAAACCAGCCUGUUCUAAAAGUGUGGAAAUAUAAUGAAUUAAACUGUUGAAUCUAAA